UCCAACGCGAGCGCCACCGGCGGCAUCGCAUCGCGUCGCGUCGUGUCGCUAACACCGCCGCCGCGCCACCGUACUACUACUGCUCUCCCGCCGUCGCGCCGCUCGUCGGCGAGAAGGAGGCUAGGCUAGCUGCAUCUCGGUGCGGUCGGUCGGUCGAUGGGGAACUGCCAGGCAGCGGAGGCGGCGACGGUGGUGGUGCAGCACCCGGGCGGCCGGGUGGAGCGGCUCUACUGGGCCACCAGCGCCGCCGAGGUGAUGCGCGCCAACCCGGGCCACUACGUCGCGCUCGUCACCCUCCGCGUCGCCGAGGAGAAGCGGCCCCCGGCUCCGGCUCCGGCUCCGCGCGCGGCCGCGCCUGCGGCCGGCGGCGGCGAGCGGCGCGGCACGGUGCGGGUGACGCGGGUGAAGCUUCUCAAGCCGCGGGACACGCUGCUCCUCGGCCAGGCUUACCGGCUCAUCACCGUCGACGAGGUCACCAGGGCGCUGCAGGCGAAGAAGGAGGAGAAGUCGAGGAGGGCGGCGGCGGCGCAGCAGCAGAUGGACCCCAAACCCGCCGGAGCCGGAGCUAGGAUCAAUCCCGGCGGCGGCGACGGCCACACGCAGCUCGAUGAGAAUCUUGAUCAGCAUGACAGAGACAGCCAACGGAGCAGCUCGGCGACACAUUCCAGGCAUCGUCAAUGGCGCCCAUCACUGCACAGCAUCGCGGAAGUUAGUAGCUGACGGGAUCGUCAGUUGCCGGUUGAAACUGAUAUGUGUUCUAGUGUUCAUGCUCAUCAUCAGAAUUCACAAGUUAGCACUCAGCUGAUGCAAUGUUCAGUUGGUUGUUGGGCUUCAGCAACUCAGCACAGCAAGAUGAUCAGUAGUUCUGAGUGGAUCCAGAGUUAGUAGGUACCAAGUCACUGUAAGAAAUCCCGAUCUUACUCAGGCCAUUUCACUGAGAUUAAGAUUGUUUCUGGCUUGGUAAGCUGGUGUGUUUGCAUCUUAGGGUUGGCACAUACAGAGGGUAUUAAUCAAAGCAGAGUGAUGUACUAUUAUAUAUUCAGUUUAAGAUGCAAAGUACAUCCUUUGCAGAUAGCUUUUAAGGAUUCUUGCUUUGCUGUGUAUUUUACUGCUCCUUGGUGCCGAAUUUGUGAUCAUUGGAUCGCCGCAAUCAUAGAGCAGAAGCUGGAAACUGAACUUUUAUGUGUUGAAAGCAAACUGCAGAUUCGCAUUGGCGCCGCCUAUUAGGCCUGCACAUUUGUAUAAUGUUUUCUGCAGAUGCAGUUGGUAGUAAGACAAGUGCUAAAGAUUUGCUAGUUGGGUGCCACAUCUGGACUUGAGUUCCCCUGCAAUGAGCAAGGUUGGUUGUUGGAACACUGAAAUGAUUGACAGAACAGAUCAUCAAGAAACAUCAGGGCAUCAUGCCAUGUUUGUCCAUAGCUGCAAAUAUGUUCUGUUGGUGCAUUAGUAUCCUAACCUGAAUGUUUUCUUUCUUGAAGAAUCCUUCUCCCUC